UGGCUCUGGGUCCAUCAUCCACACGCCUGUUCACUCUCUGCAGAGGAAUCAGGUCUGAUUCACGAGAGAGAGUGAGAGAGAGAGAUUUACCGUUGUGUGUGCAAGAUUCAACAAACCGGGCAGUAGAUGAAAGAAAUAUUUGCGUGCCAGGGGGUCUCCUGGGACUCGUUGUCAGUAGGUUGCCCCGGAACCUCUCGUUCUAUGCAGGCUGAACGGUAAACCGCCAAACCCUGGAGACAGACGACAAGACAUCUCUCCUCCUCCUCCUCCUCCUCCUCCCUUCCUCUUCUUUAUCCCUUUACCUCUCCCCUCCAUCUGUGAACUGGUGAACGAGGCUAGUGGGCGCUGGCCGUAGAUCUGAAACGCCCAACGGGAGCAACAGCUGUCUCUGUUUCUCUCCUCCUCUCUCUUCUCCUCUCUCCUCUUUUCCUUCCAUUUACAUCCUCUCAAAAAAUAGCAACAGCUGUUUGAGUCGGCUUAGAAGCAACAUCGCGGAUGUGAGCAUCGUUCAACGUCGGAUAUCGAGCUGUUUGUCCCCAUAGUGGACCACUGACCGGGAUCGAUUCAUAACCAAAAAAAAAAAAGAUCAACAGCUGUGGGCGAGGGAAUUGUUUGCAAUGUGAUCUAGUGGCGAAGGAGGAGGAGGAGGAGAGAGAGAGAGAGAGAGAGGGGGAACAUGCCUGCCGAUGUUGCUGUCUCAUUGAGCCUCGCUAUCCUCCUGCUGACCACAUGGACCACGCUGAUGGUGACAGCCACAGUGCCAGUGGCUCCAGUCAACGUAUCGGUAAGUCAGCUGAGAUCAGACUCUGCCCUCAUCAUCUGGAGUGUACCACAGGGAGACAAUGUCAUCGGAUACGUCAUCUCACAACAGAGGCAGGACGGGCUGAUGCAGCGCUCCAUUCGGGAGGUGAACUCGUCAAGUCGAGCGUGUGUGUUGUGGGACCUGGAUGAAGACACACACUACAGCGUACAGGUCCAGUCCAUAGGUCUUCAGGGAGACAGCCAGCCCAGUCACACUGUCCACUUCAGGACCCUGGAGAAGACUGAUCACUACCCUAUAGGAAGCAUAGACGAUGACCCGACCAUGGAAGGGAUGGAUCUGACCCCUAACCUGCAGACUGGAGAAUUACUCAUCGUCACCACUGUACUGCUACUCUGGGCAGCGGUAAUAGCUCUGUUCUGUCGUCAGUAUGACAUCAUCAAGGACAAUGACUACAAGGACAAACCCAAACGCCCCUCUGUUCGGACCGAACCAUCUUACUACAGCACCAGCGUCUCGGCUCAGAGCACGCCACUCUACUACAACGGGGGGGUGCAAGGCAGCAAGUUCCACAGGACCUCCUCUUCCUCUUCCAUCAUCAGACUGUGACAGGACCUCCUCUUCCUC